GUCACAUGGAAAAACCUGCAAUCGUCUCGUAAGAGACGCAGGCAGCUUUUCUGCUCGGCCUUUGUGUUUCUUGCCUUGCGUGGUGUACCCUUCCAAGCGAAACGAAGGCUCGUUCUGAAUGAUUAGAGAAAAUCCCUCUGUUAGGGUUUGGAUAUGAGGGUGAAGCAUUGCCUGAGCUUGUUGAUUGUACCCACUUGAAACUAUGCAAAUCGAACAUCUGGUUACGUUCCUUGUUUGAUUCUAAUGCUACACUAUUGUACUUCUGUCUAUGUAUUCAUUUUAAGGAGCCUUACUUGAUAACAAGGAACAAAGAAUGUAUGGUAGAGCAGGUCUUGAACGAUUUAAAAAGGCUCAAUCUUCGGACCCUUUCUCAGUCACUGUCAAUUCGGCUCCCAAAACCACCACCCAACCUGCUCCUAAACCAGUUAUCCAUCCCUCAGUUCAAUAUUUGCAGUCUCCAACACAAGCCCAAUACCAGUACCAACCCCAUGUUCCUCAAAAACCAGCGGGGCUUGAGGCAGGGCCAUUGGUUGGGCAGACUCAGCAGUUGACCCAGGUUGGAGGGGGGCAGUCAACUUGGCAGCCACCAGAUUGGGCAAUUGAGCCUCGAGCUGGAGUUUAUUAUCUUGAGGUUUUGAAGGAUGGAGAGGUUCUUGAUCGGAUUAAUCUGGAUAGACGGAGGCACAUAUUUGGGAGGCAAUCCCAUACAUGUGAUUUUGUACUUGAUCAUCAAUCUGUUUCACGUCAACAUGCUGCUGUUAUUCCUCACAAAAAUGGAAGCAUAUUUGUAAUUGAUUUGGGAUCUGCACAUGGUACGUUUGUGGCAAAUGAGCGAUUGACGAAAGAUACCCCUGUCGAGCUUGAAGUGGGCCAAUCUUUGCGUUUUGCUGCGUCAACACGAACCUAUAUCUUGAGAAAGAAUGAUGCUGCUCUUUUUCCACGUCCUCCACCACCUUCAGAGAUUAAUCUGCCUCCACCCCCUGAUCCAUCUGAUGAAGAAGCUGUUGUUGCUUAUAAUACUCUUUUAAAUCGAUAUGGUCUUUGCAGUCCUGAUCUACUACCUAAAUCUAGCAAAUCUGCUAGCUCAUUAACUGGUAGAGAUGACAGCCAGCAGUCUGGCAGAGCCUCAAAGAGAAUGAAAAAAACAAGAGUAGCUUUCAGAGAUCAAGUUGGGGGAGAACUAGUUGAAGUUGUUGGGAUUUCUGAUGGUGCAGACGUAGAAACAGAGCCUGGUCCAAUAGGUGUAAAAGAAGGAAGUCUUGUUGGGAAAUAUGAAUCCCUUGUACAGAGCACGGUAAUACCGAAAGGUAAGGACCAAUUGCCAGCGAAGGAAAAGAAUGCUUCCCAAACAGGUGUUACUAAUAAAUUGCAAGAAGUCUUGAACAAGGUGAAGACUGUUCCUAAAAGUGGUGUGCACGAUGACCUUUAUGGAGAAGCAUUUUCUGGAAAAUUGGGUUCUUCCUGGGCAUAUCCUUCAGCUACUAGCAGCGACAAACUGGAUUCUCCAACCGAGGAUGCCAAACAAAAGGCUGUUGCUGCUCCGAGCGGAAAACUAGAGAAAGUCUCAAACUUGCAAAACGAUGACAAUGAUGAUGAUUUGUUUGGCGACUAAAUGAAUAGAGUUGGAAGAUAGCCGAAUUGUUCUUUCGUUCGUGCUUUGAGAGCAGAAGCCAGUGGACAUAAGACACCAUUGGUUCCAUUGUAAAUGGGAAUUUUUGUUGUAAUUUGUCGGAAUUUUAUCUUUGUAAUGGUAUGGAAGAUUCCCCAAUGUGGAGGAUUUAUUGGACAGUUUUCGAAUUAUUUUAAGCUGGAAGAAAUGAAAACUCUUAGCUGUUUAUUGAUUUCUUUUA